AUGGAUCUCUCAAAAGUCAUUCAUUUAUUCGAAAGCAAGCACACUGCAAAUCUUUCUGACAGACAUGCAGCAGGAAUAAUUUAGUUAUGCAAAGAGAUGGUUAAUGAGGAUCAGAGAAAAGGGUUUUUCUACAAGGAUCUUCCUUAGGUCGCCAGAGUUCUUGAAUUGAGCUUCCAAGGCAUUUAAAACGGAAGGUUUGAACUUGUACCUGCUAUCUUAUAACUUCUUGAGGUGCUUAAGGUACCAUUUGAAAAGGAAAAGGCUAGUGAUGAGAAUAAACAAGUUCCUAAUUUACCUAUUCUUUUCAACUCUUUAUGCCCAUUAUUACGUUACGAAUUACCCAGAGAUGGAGAAGCAGAUAUCAAGCUUGUUUAGCAGCUUGACAACAUCUGUUGUGAAAUUGCCAAUACUGUAUCUGCAAUAGCAUCUUACGGUAUAUAAGAAUUGAAAGAUUAGGAAACUAAUUUCUAAUCUUCUUUAGAGGAUAAGAUGAUUUAUGGAAGUGAAACAAGUCCAUUAUAAAGACUUUAUUAGAAGGGGAAUAGGAAUCUUAAAGGACUUUCUCAAUCUGAAAUGCCAGAAACACUGGUCAACAUUCUUGCUGAAAAUAUGAAAUCAAAGGAUACUAUUGUAGCAGUUAUUGAAUCAAUUGCCCAUUCAGCAUUGUAUGUUCCAAACGCUCAGAAGUUUUCACAAAUGGGAGUCUUAAAAGAUCUCGUAAGGAUCAUUUCCGAGGCUUAAGACUUUAGAUCUUAUAUUGUUCACAUAUCAAUUGAAGCCAUUUGGAACCUUAUUGAGGUCGAUGGCUAAAAAACUAUUGAGAGUAUGGCAGGAGAAUAAGAAGUAGUUUUGUCCCUUAGAAGACCUUUCGAGAGAGUAUUAAAAGAAGGUUACAAACUUGAUGAUAAAUGUCUUAGAAAUGAAAUAUGUAUUCUAAUAAACUAUGUUGUUACAAGUAUGGCAUCUCAUAAAUUCUUCUUAGAAAGAGAAACUCCAAAUGACUCCACAUUUCUUGAGGCUAUUUUAUUCUACUCAACUCAUGAUGAGUUAAAUUCUAAAGUAAAUUUCAUCGGAGACGGUUCUUCAAUGAGCAAGACUGAGAAGCCAUUAUUCACUACAAGAGAUGAAGAUGUUGAAUUUAAGAAGUUAUUGUGGACAUGUGUUCUAUAUAUUGUAAGAGAUCCAGAUAAUCACGAAGCUCAUUAGUGCCUUAUAGAAAGAAACUUUAUGCAAGCAUUGCUUAUGUAUGUUGACCCCAAUAACUCUAGCCUCUCCACUCACAGAUGGUAGCCUCCCCAACUUAAGGAGAUUUAAAUUCAUGGGCUCUCAGUCAUGUCAAGCUUACUCCCCCUGAUUCCAGAGCAUUUCCAUCAAAUCAACGGGCAUGUUAUUUUGAUUUAAUUCCUUUCUGCAUUUAAUGACUACGACAGGAGAAUUGCUUAUAUCAUCUAAAAUUCCAAGGAAAAUCCACUAGACAUGAGAGAAAUGGCAUUUAAUAUUACUUCUAACAUUUGUAAGGAUUGCAGAGCUAAUCAAAAAGAAUUCAGAAGAAAGGGAGGUAUUGAGAUUAUAAAAGAAAAUUUGGCUUAUGCUGAGGUUGAAUAAUCAGGAAAUGCAAGUACCUUCCUGCUUUCUGUCCUAGAUUGCCUUAAUAAUGCCGUCUUUGGAAAUAAAAGAUCAGAGUUACAUUUCCUUGAUAUAGAAGGGGUUUACGUUCUGCUAGAUCUAAUUGAGAACUGCGAAUACUCCUUAAAGAGAUUGACACUUUCAAGUCUUUGUACCAUACUUGAGAAUAACAAGUCAUUCUAAUAUUUUGUAGAAUGGAACAGCUCUAAGACCACAAUAAAUGCUACUUAACUUCUGAUAAAGUUAUAUGAGCAAGAAGAUAUCAGAUUCGGAGUAGAGCAUAACAAUGGCUUGCUAAUUAAUGUCGAAAGACCAUUAUUCCCAAGAGAGUCUUACCUACUAAAGCAAUAUGGAGACUAGCAUGCAAACUUAAACAACACACAAAAAACAAACUUGAAUAAUUCAUUAGGUGCUUCAGUCGGCAAUAAAAGCCAAUUGGAAAAUUCUUUAAUGAUGAAAGAUGAAGCCCCCAUGGUUAAUCUAAGAGAAAGCAACAGAGUUUCAAGGGGCUCUCAACUUUCCUAAAGGUCAAUUAUUACAAAUCCUAUAGAAAAGCCAAUCUCUCUAGUCGGUUCGAAAGCUGCCAAAGGGCUUAAAUAAGCACUAGAAGCAGCAGGUAUAAUCUCUUAAAAGAACUUCUCUGAGUCUUAUCUUAACAAAAUAAUGAAUGAAGUUGCUAAGAGCUAUGAUAUUAGAGCAACAAUUUUCGGUACAUUCUACAGAGUAGGCUUCGAUUUGCAUGAACUUACUCCACAAGAAAAGCAGAGAAUGGAAAUAAUCCAACUCUAUCCAUACUUGAAGAAUGGAGAGAUUUGGAGAGAUAUAAAGCAGGAAUGUGAGGAUAAAAACAUGAAGCCAACAAGUGACGACUAACACUGGAUGGAAACAUGUAUUGAAGAAGCUCAAGAACAAACUGAGUAAGCUCUUCACAAUUAGAGUCUAUACGCCCAAGAUAUAAAGAUGAAAGAGUAGGACGAGCUUGAGAAUUAUUUUGCUGCUAUUAGACUUAAAAACUAGAUAAAUGCAAAGGGAUCGACUCAAAUGAAAAAAUGA